CAGAUCCUGUCCGUGCGUCCGCAGCCUUCCUGCCGAGGACUCUGGAAAGGCAUGAGCCUGUAGGACUAGCAAGGCGUCAUCGUUUGGUUCGUGGUCCAAGCUGCGGCGGGGAGGAGGAGCGCUUGCUUUUCCCUCUACCCUGAAUGCAAGGACUCCUCGGAACGUCGCUCCACCACCGGCAAAAUGAUGCCGGAGGCAUGUCAGGCAUGGGCUGGCAAAGCGGGGGGGGCCCCGUGAGCCAGCAGCAGCAGCUGUCAGUAGUGACCACAGUGUGGGGAGUGACGUCCACCACGCAGAGCGCAGCGCCGUACACGCCUGGGCCCCCCCAGGCUAAGGGGGGCCCAUACGCCCCUUCUGGCUACCCGUCGGGUUCACCACUGGGCCCUAAUAAAGGCUACUCACCUGUGCCACCUUCGCGACAACCUCCUAAUGCAUAUGCUGGGUAUGGCCAGAACCCUGCAGGCAUGGCCGGUGGCAUGCCUGGCGCCAUGGGAGCUGCUGGACAUGGCACAGCAAGUGAAUUCCAGACAGGUCCAUCAGCCCUCAGCACAGCAGCCCUGGUGGCUGCGGCUACUGCUACAGCUACAGCCACAGCUAGUGUGGUUGCCCUCCAAGAGCAACGGCAGCAAGAGGUUAUGGGUGGACAGUAUGGACAGAUGGGGGGCCACCAGCAGUUUUCUGGUGGAGGCUAUGGUGUACCUCCACAGCGGGGCCCUCCGCAUGGUGCUGCAGCAGCCGGCCAGAUGGGAGGGCUGAUGGGACCAACUAUGGGGCCUCUUGGGGCACCCUCCAAGCUUGGUGGCGCAGGUGGACCUCUCUACAACCAGCAGCAGCCACCGCCACGUGGCAGACCGUACCCAAGCCCCCAGCAGUACCUGGCACACAAGCGACAGCAGCAACAACAGCAACAGCAGUACCCAGCAGGGCCCAUGCAGGGGGGUUACAUGGGCACUCCACAGCAGCAGUACGGGCCUCAGUAUCCAGGGGCAACUGGUGGGCCAUUUGCCAAGCAGCAGGGAGCUGGCUAUGGUGCCCCGGCCUCCCAAGGAGCUCUGGCAGCUUACCACCAGAGCUCUCCUCUGCGAGGUCGGCUCCCUGGUCAGGGUAUGCCCACUCCUGCUGCUUACCCAGGCAGUGCACAGGGGGCACAGUACUACCAACAGCCGAUGGGUGGUCCACAGACACAGUAUGAGCAGCAGUUUAUGCAGGGUGGCCAGUAUGCACCACAUGGCUUCCAGCAGCGGAGCAUGAACUACCAGCACUCGCCCAUUCCUGGCAACCCCACACCACCACUGACCCCAGCAUCGGGCAUGCCCCCAUACCUGUCUCCAAGCCAGGACACAAAGCCUGUGUUCCCUGAUAUCAAGCCUCCUCUGCCCAUUCAGAAGGACGACGAGCUGCGCCUCACAUUCCCUGUGAAAGAUGGCAUCAUCCUGGCGCCCUUCCGGCUGGAGCAUAACCUCGCAGUAAGCAAUCAUGUGUUCCACCUGAAGCCUUCGGUGCACGAGACUCUCGUUUGGCGCUCUGACUUGGAGCUGCAGCUCAAGUGCUUCCACCAUGAGGACCGCCAGAUGCAUACAAAUUGGCCUGCUUCAGUACAGGUCUCUGUCAAUGCCACUCCAUUGAGCAUCGACCGAGGAGAGAGCAAGACUUCACAUCGGCCAUUGUAUCUCAAAGAAGUCUGUCAAGCAGGCCGCAACACCGUGCAGAUCACUGUUACAGCUUGCUGUUGCUCUCAUCUAUUCCUGCUGCAAUUGGUGCAUCGGCCAACAGUGCGAUCAGUGCUGCAAGGCUUGCUUCGUAAGAGGCUUCUACCAGCUGAACACAGCAUUGGCAAGAUCAAGCGCAACUUUUCAGUGGGCCCAUCCCCACAAGGCCCUAACACUGGCCCUGGUCAGAAUCCCGUGGGAGGUACAGGACCUGCAGAAGAUGGUGUUGAGCAGACUGCCAUCAAGGUGCAGCUCAAGUGUCCUAUCACAUUCAAGCGCAUCACAUUACCUGCACGAGGCCAAGAGUGCAAGCACAUUCAGUGCUUUGACCUGGAGUCUUACCUACAACUAAAUUGUGAACGAGGUUCUUGGCGGUGCCCAGUAUGCAGCAAAACAGCCAUUCUUGAAGGUCUGGAAGUGGACCAAUACAUGUGGGGUAUUUUGACCAACCUGAGCAACUCUGAUGUGGAAGAAGUAACCAUUGAUGCCACAGCUAGCUGGAAACCAGUCACUCUCAAAUCAAUUAAAGAUGAACACGACGGAACAGAGUCGUGCAGUGGGGGCAAGCGACUGAAGGCUAUGUCUCCUGGCAGCAUGACAAUGCCAACUACAAGUAGUUGGGAAAUGGGACAGGGUCUCGCACCUUACCCGGCCCUACCUCCACCUGACAUGCAGUCCAUAGUGAAUGGACCCAGCAUGGCCAAUGGGCCAGUCAUGGCUGGUGGCCCUGUGAUGACCAGUGGUGCUGGCAUGCCUAAUGGCCCAGUUAUGCCAAGUGGUCCAAGUAUGUCCAAUGGGCCUGUCAUGGGCAAUGGCUCGGGCAUACCCAACGGAAUGGGCUAUGGCAACCGCAAUGGCGGUUUUGACUUCCACUCACAAGCAUCUGACUUUGGCAGUCCCCUGUCUCACCUGAGUGAUAGUGUAGCCUCUCUGGACCACCUUGCUGCCAUGGAGAAGUCACUGAACCAUCAUGAACAGCAAAUGAUGCCAAUGGCAAACCACCACCAAGAUGCAUCUGCACCACAAGGCACUGCCUCAAGCCGCCACCCAGUUGGUGGUGGACCAGGAUCUCAGAACUCCGGGAACAAUGCGCCAGGAACAUCUGGUACAUCAGGGGCAAGUAAUGCCGUAGCAUCCAGUCAGUCUCAGGCCCCUCCACAACAGCAGCAGCAGCCGCAGCAGCAGCCUCCCCUGUCGGUAGGGAGCAACGGGCCUCAGACUCCUCACACCCCUCACACUCCUCACACACCUGGAGGACCCCCCAGUGUGCCUCCGCAGGGCUUGGAAGGCAGUGGUGGGCCAGACAGCUUGGCUCCUGACCUCAGUGAGUUAAGCUUCGACCCUGCAGCUGUGAUCGAUGGGGAAGGGCAAGGCCAGGAGGGGCUCAAUCUGCUUCCGGAGAGCUGUGUUGAUGCCAUGGAGCUUCUGUCAUACCUUGACCCACCUGACCUAGGAGGUGGUGCUGGUAGCACAGGCAGUAGCCAUACUGGCCCAACUUCAAGUUCAACUGCAUCUGGGAGCACUCCAGCUAAUGACGAUCUCCUUGCUUUGUUUGAACCUUGACUGGUGUGAUGGAACUAUUUUGUGCAUCCAAACAGAGCCAACACGACAGAAACAUCUUGUGGGAGACAUCUGGCUUUGUGGUUUGCAGCAUAUUGUGAUGCAGUUUGAAACUGAUGCAGCUGUGACAUUCACUGUGUGAUUCUACCGACCGUCACACCAGCAAGCACCUAGAAGACUGGGCAUCAGAACACCAAAGAUAGGGAAGCAGGGAUCAGACAUUCAGAUAUUCAUAGCAAGCUGAACAUUGAAGCACUUGUGAUUGCGUGAGUGUAUGGCUGGUUGUUCAACGAUAACAAAACCAUCAAAAGUUUUCUUGGGUCAUCUCAGAAUUUUCAUUUGGAGUCUUUGCAUAUUUGCAAUUAGUUCAGAUUUGUGGAGGUGAUGUGGAAAGCAGAAAGUAGUCUGUCCAAUGCAAGAAGUGACUACAUAACAGAGAUUACUUGUGAGCAUCAAAUUUUCUUGCACUAUCUUGACUACCUUGAGAGAAAGCAGUUCGCACUAGAUCGAGUGGGCUCGUGCUCUUGAUAUAGAAAGGUGCCCUAACACAUUUCGGGGCCACCGUGUCUGGAUGCUUGCGUCCUACUGUCCACGGUGCUGAAUGAACAGGCCAGCCAUCUCAAAGCAAGUGUCAUUUGUGUGUUUUGCAAUGCUAGCUAGAAAUCUCGGCUUUUGAAGUGCUCUGCACAGCCAGAACAUCGAUUCGUUGCCACCAUUACCUCAUUUUGUACAGAAGACCGUCAUUACUGGUGGCAUUACCUGAAGCAGGUUCUGCAAGAACUGGUGGCGCAGCUGUAAUGUGAAUGCCCAGUAUGCAACCGACCAUCUCGCUGUGGGAAAAAAGCAGCCCACAGCUCCUCACUUGCACUACAUCUGACGGCAACAUUAACGGUCAAAACACUGCUGUGACCUUGUGUAUAUAGUUUUAAUGGCACAUUCUUUGUGUCUUAUUCUUCAAAUUCCUCGAAAAAAUCCUGGUAUGUUGUGUAUGCAUGUGAGAGUUGUGUUCCUGAAUGUUGUACAGACUGUGGUUUUUUUUUCUUUGUGUCUCCUUUGCUAGUUGUUUGCUUUCUUCAGCCCUUGAGGAUAUAUACAUACACAAAUUAUAUAUAUUAUAAAUAAAUAUAUAAAUAUAUAUGUAAUAUUUAUUUUAAGUGUGAGCCUGUAUGUGCUGCAGCCUCCUUGUUUUUGUGGGGGCAUAGUCGCCACUACAUGUUACCACCAGCACAUCUUGCACGUCGGUGUUUUCACAGCACUGGCAUAUGUGCACUUCAUGUAGGCUCCCACUUGCAGUUUCCCGGGUUAGGCAUUUGGCUGCAGUAAAGACUGGUGAAGAAUAUUUUAUUCAUUCUUCAGCUGUUGUGGCUAUUUCAUCGUCGCAUUUAUUAUAGCCCAAAUAUUCAUUUACUUUCGGGAAAUUCGGGGGGGAGUUUGUUGUUGCUUGUUAAAGAGGCUAUGCAACACUUUUUAAGCAUGGUCAGAAAAUGCUGCCGAUCGGUUGUAGAGGCUGUCGACAACAUGUGAGCCAAAUAAUAUAGCGCAGCACGUGGCCUGGAAUUUACAAUAAAUUAUCAGUCAGCUAAAAGUAGCUUUCUCUUCUCUCGACAAAUUGCAGAACAAGCCCAAAAAUCACUCGUAUUAAGCCCAUCUAUCAGCCAUUAGCUGAUUUGAACAUGGCGCGCUCAGUUGCGCCGCAAAAGGCUGUCACUUGUCAACACGCGCGCAAUCGCACUGAAAAAUUUGCGUAUCCGAAGAAGAAAAAAGUGCUUAAGGUCACGAGGCGCAAGUGACGUUUUUGUUUGGCCCUCCUGUAUCUCCCUGCUUAACUUCCAAUAGUUUCGUUGGGACGAGAAAAGAGAGAAUGCGAUUGCAGCGUGUGACAAAUUGUUGCUACUCCGCUUGUACUGAACGGAUUCUUAAAAUUUUUGCAGCAUUGAAUUUGUAAGGUAAUACACUUUUCCAGUGAAUUAAUUUCAUGGUUACUGAGAAAAGUGAUUCAGGGUCCCUUUAAGACAAAUGAAGGAAGGAAUAAAUGAAAGGCGCGGUGGCAAACCAGAGCACACUCCAGGUGGCCACCCUGCUGUUGAGAAGGGGGUAUGUGGUGUAGAGGCCUGUUUGUUUUGCAGUUUUGAAGUAAAUAAAAUUUUACAUGAAAGGUACAACAGGAAUCUGAAAGAUUGCUAAGCUACCAAGCUGUUUGCAAAUUUCUUCAGUAAUCCGCUCGUGCGCUAGUAAACUACACCUGAAGUACUGAGUGUCCAGUUGGUGUUCAUCGCACUGGUGUUCAGUGCAAUUUCAAUCUUGUAUCAAUCCUUUCCUGCCAGUUGCUGUAAAGGUAGUUACCAUAUACAUUGAAUGUCUUGUGUAAACCUAGCAACUGAUUUUUUCAAGCAGGCUGCUAGUAUCUUUUCUUUGUCAUGGCUGCCACACAUCACGUUAUAAUUGCUGGAUGAUUCUUUGAUCAUUUGUUGCUCCUUAACCAUGAAUUUGUGAUAUUUGAAACCUUAUGUUUUAUAAUCUUGUUCUCUAGUACUUAAUUUGUCCAAGUACCUGAUUCUUCUAAGGCAAAAUGUUGUCCUUAUUUUUUUAUGGCAUGGGGAAUUAUUCAGACAUCAGCACCUUUAGCCAGUCGGGACUGCAACCGAAUGCUUUUGGUUGUCAUUGUUGCCUUUUUGUGGACAUGGGCAGUGUAAUGGCUAUUAGGUUCAGGAAGGCACUCUGCAACUUCAGAAGUUGGCUUAUAGCAGAUGCUUGAUUAUCAGGGCAGCAGUGUGGUACUGGAACAACAAAUGAGACUUUUCAACAAAUGAGAAUUUUCAUUUAAUAUAGCGGGAACGUCUGGCUAAAACUAUGCUUGUGCUCAGUAUACAGGCACUUUUAGUAUCUGAGAAAUUUGAGUACUUGUCAUCUUGUCAUUAGUUAAGCAUGACACCCAUACUAGUGGACAAAAAAUUAUUGUUCCCUAGUUUGUUCUUUAACAACCGUCUUGGAAAACAUCUUGAGUCAACCUUUAUUUGUUUCAUGAAAUGGCAGCAUGUGCAAAAGACUACUUGCAAAUUGAAGUAAGCUUGCCAUAUUAUAAGCCACAAUUCGCACAAGGGCAUAUUGAUAUGUAGACUUUAUACCAGCUCUAUUUGAUAUCAGCUCUUGUGGAUAUAAAAUUGUGUCUCAUAGCAGCCACUUUCCAUUAGAUCAGAAAAGCUCUUUGCUUUCAGUUACGUAUGUCUUGCUGCCAUGCAGUACUGACAAUCACUUGAUCCUAUGUUUUUAAGCUGCUUAGAGAAUGCAUCCGCAUUGCAUCGUAAAUUAUGAAUGUUAGUCAAAAUAAGUGUCGUGCUUUUCAGCUUUGCUUCUGAGCUAUUCUAUUAUGGCGAUCUAAAAAGAUUUCAUGUCUACCUAGAUGUAGCAUUUUCACUUUAAACUUGUUUUUUUCAUUGCUGCCAGGGGAAGCCCUCCCCAGACCUGUUAUACCUCAGAACGUGCACAGCAUGCAAAGCACAUGAAGUGUUCCUCUCUUGUCUCACAGUAGUUGUACUCUCCCUGUAUAUAUUGUCCAGCACAGGGCAAAAAACUCGUGUGUAUUUCAGCCGGGAGGGUGCAGUGUCCUGUGUUGUGCUCCAAAGCAGUGUAGGUAGUGACACAAUUCAGUUUUUUGUAGCCUAGUGACAAAUAAAUAUAUGCAUCAUAGAAAACGUGCACCUUAAAAAUUGCCAAGUGUAUGUGAUGGCUGCCACUGUUGCAAUGACAUAGCCUACUGUAAAGGAGCUAGGUAUUUAUGCCUAGCUUUCUGAUAGACCACAGCAACGAAAACUUCCUAUAUAGGAUUAUUCUUGAAUGUCAAAUUCUUUUAAUGUUUGAAUAUUGAAGCUUGAUUGAAAGUGUUGCUGAGGAGAUCUUUUGAGACUUUUAUUGGGAGGAUGAAGGUAGUGGAUAAAAGGUGGAAAAAGAAGAUGGUUGGGUUACACAAGCAUAACAUGUUGCCCUGUCUUGGAAAUGAAAACAACCAAAUCUGGUGGUCAUUUUGUUUUUCAUUCUUCACUUUCUCUUUGCUGCAUAAACUCGAAAACAAAGUACAGUCGAACCUCUUUAUAGGAGACAUUGAUAUAAGAGACACCAGUGUGCCUACAGUGAAAUACGAGUUGAUGGGAAAAUGCAUACAUGCUACCAUGCUUAUAAUAGACCUCUCAUAUAAAGGUCAAGAACUGCUGUUCAGAGCAUGCCUCUUAUAAAGGGGUUCAACUGUAAUACUACGGAAAAAACAAAAUGAGGUAGCAAAAUAGAACAGUGGACGAUUGGCAUGAUAUGGCAAACAACAUGGGCAUCCAGCAUUUUGCUGCUAUUGAAGCAGCAUAAAGAUGGCACUUGUCCGUUUAGUAGCUUGUGCAAGCAGCCUGAACUCAUGUAAAUCAGAAGGCCAUUGCAACCCGCCAGGUGGAGACAAGCAUGACUUUGCUACAUGGCAGCCUGCUUUCACAGGAUUCUUUUUGUCUUCCCUCACAAAGCACAUGUGCAUACAGACACUUUAUUCACCUUAUUUUUGUUUUCACAACUUGUACAUAUUGUAAAGUGCUUACAAUGCGGAACACAGCUUGGAAGUCCAUGUCAGCAACUGCUAGAUGCUCACAUGCAAAAGUGCUCCUACCAGCCCUAAUGCCUCCUUGUACUGUGAAAAUAACUUGUAUUUAAACAUGCCCCUGUUACAUCAUUAGAUGCUUGCUUAGAUGUCGUCCGGUUCAUGUCACUUGUACAGGUCUCACUUCAUAUAUAAUAUACAGAAAAAGUCUCAUUUUCAGCUUCACUGCAUAUUUUAUUAUCUUUAUAUGGGCAGCUGUUUUUGCCAGCAAUAUUGCUUAGCUUGUGAACUUACUAAAAAUUUGAAAACUAGGCUAAGUGUAAAAAUAUUCAAAUGGAGAUUGAAGUUGUGCAGUGUGCAUUGAAAGACUGGAGUCACUGCACACAAAAUGAGUUCUAAGCUGAGCUGUUAAGUGUUCUGUCUAAACAUGUCGUUUGGCAGGCCAUUUUAUUAGGAGCUUGAAUUUUCGCCCUUUUUUAUGUUCUGUAAUUAGUUAACGGAAGCCCUUGAAACUUGUAUAAGUGCUGUCAUUGUAGUCUGUGUCAGUCUCUGCAGCACUGCAAAGAUGGCAUAAGGGCUGAAGAGAGUACAUUUGAAGCAAUUAGAAGUGCUUCUCUUUCUCAGCUGGAAAGUCAUUGCAAGUAAGCUUUUUAGGAAGCUGCCCGAUUUUUUUUUUCUACUUCGCUUAGUUCGCAUUACAGGAUGUUUGAAGCUAACAGCUUUAAAACCACUAGAAGUGACAAAUUGUAGAUGUGUAGUUACAUUCAGCCAUUGUGUGCUUUUGAUGUCAACGGGCGGUCACCCAAUUCAGACCUGGUGUGGCACAUUUUGGCAUUUCUGCCAUCAGCAGAUAUACUAGGUGAUCAAACGGCUUUGUUUUAAAAUUUAGUCGUGUUGAUACACUGUUGUUAUGCAGUGCUUUCCUGUGCAUUUUUUCUUGUUUCACUUUUAAAAAGUGUGAACAGAAUGAAGUGCUGAUUCUCUUACCUUAGCUUGGGAGCAUGGGGUUCCUGCUCCUUUCUUAGUGGGUUAAAAAACACAAGUUUCGCAAAGGCAGAGUUGUGCAGCGUACGUCAUAUCAAACAGUUCCUAUAUGCAUAAAGCACAGCUUUUUGAUCUGGUGAUGGUGGGGAACAUUGCAACGAAACAUCCUCUUUUUUUUUUUGUUUCAAACCAGCACAGAGAAGGGAAGCACAACAGGGAACUGUUCCCUCUCCUCAUGCGUUUUUUUUUUCCUUUCCUGUUUUCAUGCUCCUUGUCUUGUUUGGCAAAUUAUUUGGUCUCAUGUGCAACGGGAUGGCCUCUUGUUUUAUCGUUCAUUGUUCUCUCUUCAUUUGCUUGAGUGACCUUAGUGUGACAGCAGCAUUCAUUGAUAGAGUUCUUGUCCAUACCAUUUCAUGUUCUUCUGUUUGUCAUAUUUCUAGUGUAGAUAUCCAUAUUUAUACAAUAAAAUGUUUAUAUAACACAAGA